AUGGCAGCCAACUACUGGGAGUCAACCCAGAGGCGCUUCUGGCAAUUCUCGAAAGAUGAACUUGCUCAGAUGCGCGACGAACUAGAGAAAAGCGACCAGGCCCUGGUACAAAUGUUUCCCUUGCCACGGAGGACGCAUCUAAAUAUAUACUUUAAUCAACAAAUUGGUCGUUUAGGGAAGAGACUCAACAUCAAACAACAAGCUGUUGCUACAGCCCAGCUAUAUAUAAAGCGAUUCUAUUGCAAAGUAGAAAUUCGUCGAACGAAUCCAUAUCUCGUUCUCACCACGGCGCUAUACCUAGCUUGCAAGAUGGAGGAAUGCCCGCAACAUAUUAGAAUGUUUGUGACGGAGGCGCGAUCUCUAUGGCCAGACUUACUUCAUGCUGAUGUUUCGCGCGUCGGCGAAUGCGAGUUCUUCCUCAUAUCCGAGAUGAACUCUCAACUAAUAGUCCACCAACCUUACCGAACGUUAACGAGCCUUCAAUCCGACUUUUUCCUUACUCCAGAUGAGAUUAACCUAGCAUUGUCGGUAAUCAACGAUCACUACAUGACGGACUUACCGCUCUUAUAUGCGCCACACAUCAUUGCGCUUACGGCCAUUCUCCUGUCCCUAAUCCCUCGUCCGAAUAAUAAUGCCAAUAUGGCCGCAGUAACGGCGGCGUUAACGCAAGCCCAACAAAGCCGAUCUAGUACCAGUACCGGCCAAAAUACACCUGGAGCCACCGAGAAAGACAAGCAACAAGAUGUGCGAAUGGGCAAGAUACAGCGUUUCGCUGCUUUCCUUGCUGAGAGCACCGUGGAUAUUGAGGGUAUGAUAGACUGCACACAAGAACUAAUUUCGUUCUACGAAUGCCAUGAGCAGUAUAAUGAUAAGAUAAUGCGCGAGCAAGUUAACAGAUUCGUCAAGGCCAGAGGGUUAGACAAGCACUAG